AUGGACAAUGUAAGAAGUGUAAAAGAUGGUGGAUCACAUAGGAGGAGUGGUCGAAGUCCUACUAAAAGAUUUGAUUUUCCUCUUCAAGUCAGAUCAAGUGCAGAAUUGACAAAGAAAGUUCUACAACAUGUUAAGAAAGAAAAAAUUGACAAGUUACAUGAGAUGCUACAGGGAAACAAUAGAGAAAGGGUUCAGGAAAUUAUAGAAGUUGUGGACGAAACACCAAAAAAAGGAACUCAACAAGAAAGAGUUCAAAAGGUUGAUCACAAUUUGGACAAAGAGACUAUUGCAAAGAAAAUGGAGAUAGACAAACUCUCGCAACCAAAAGUAAUUAAAGAUCAUGAACAUGGUGACAAAGAAGUUGUACAAGAAACACCAAAGAAAAGAACUCAAGUGAAAGCUACAGUGAAUAGAGAAAUAAUUGAAAAGGUUGAUGGAAAAUUGGACAACCACAUUGCUAUGAAGAAAGCAGAGAGACCUAAGCUUUUGCAACCACAAGCUAAGGAAGUUCUUGCACAUGGAAACAAAGAAGUUUCACAAGGAAUGCUGAAAAAAAGAAUUCAUGAGAAUCUACUAGAGAACAAUAGAGAUAAAAUUCAAAAGGUGGAAAAACCAGUUGCAAGGAGAAUACUUAUUUCUUCCAAAAAUAAGAAACCAGAGAAAUCUACUCUAUCUUUGGACACAAUGAUGUCAAAAGCUGAAUGCUCUCAAAAGCUAAACAGGGUGCCAAAAUGCCCAUCAAUGUUGAUUGAUGAUUAUGUAGAUCUUCACAAGUCAAAGGAAAUGGAUGCAACCAAGUCAAACAAUGGUGAAAAACCGGGCAGCAGCGUUAACCGUAGCUCUAAUCAAAAUCAAUCAAAAAAAGGAACUCGACAAGAAAGUGUUCAAAAUCGGGCAAAAGUCAACGAAGAAGAUGCAAUCACAAAUAGAGAAGAAGAAAAAGAAACAUCCCUAAGAAAAACUCGUGGGAAAACUUUGUGCAAAAAGAUUCAUGCAAGAACUUUGGAAGAGCGAGUAGAAGUGACCUUUAAUGAGGAUUUUCAGCCAAUUGGUCCUAGUGAAAAAGUAGUAUCUGACUUGAGCCUCUUCUUGGGAACAUUGGCUAGGAACUCAACAUUUUGUCCUCUACGUUACACCAAUUGGUCAGGAAUGCCAGAUGAUAAUAAAAACUGUUUCUGGAGAUAUACUAAUCGGAAGUUUAUCUUGCCGGUUGAAGCACGAGAUUGGAUUGAGACCACUAGACUCAAAAAUCGUCCGCCAAACGUGCCAAUAGCCCAGUUUAAGAGUCUUUGUGCUUAUUGGAGUAAGGAAACUAUACAAGCAAUCAGUGAAAAUAACACUAGAAAUAGAGCUCAACUAAAGUGGAUGCAUCGAAUGGGUCCCAAAAACUUUGCUUUGACUCGUGAAAAAGUGCGUGAAAAGGAAAAAAGAGAGCCCACUCAAUCAGAAAUGUUUGUUGAAACUCGAAAAGGAAAUAAAGGAAAGGAACUAGAUGUAGAAACUGGAAAAGUAAUUUCCCAACUUCAAGAAAUGGUUGAAAAGGAGGAAAGUGAUACAGAAGCUUUUAAAGUUUUUUUUGGAAAGGAGUGUCCAGGAAGGGUACGCUGUUAUGGGAGAAACAUAACUAAAACUUCCUUAAAGAGAAAGGCAGAGAUUAAUGCUUUGAAACAAGCCCACAGUGAAGAGGUCUCUACAUUAAGGGACGAGUUUCAAGAUAAGAUUGAUAGAUUACAAAAUGCUUUUAAGACCGUAAUACAACAAUGCAAUCCUCAAAUUAAUAUAGAGUCAAUUGAAGAUUUGUUAGGAUUAUCUCAUGGAGAUGCUAAUAGUUCCCCAAAGGAUAUAAGACUGCAAAUGCAUUCAUCUACAUCAACUCAUGCUCCAUGUCAUGGAAAGGACGAUAUAAAUGAUGAUAUUCAAGAGGACGACAUAAAUGAUAAAAUUUAA